AACCACGUAAUUUAUUCAUAUGCUUUUUUUUUUAGGGAUGAAUAUAUCCUACCCACUUUUUAAGGGUGGAUUUGGGGUUUUGCCCAUAAGACCGGUUUCAACCUUUGUCGUUCUUUUCUUUUGCUUCCUUACUACCCCACCAGUGCCUCGUCUCAAAUAAUUUUUCUUUUUCAAUUCACUUUUCGAUUUCUUCUUCGAUUUCUCAUGGGGAUUUCUCCCAUUGGAAAUUUCCUCUUAAUCUCCUUUUGGAUUCAUUCUAUGGGGAUUUGUACUUAUGCAAUUGUUAUCUGUUUCUUUCUUUCGAAAUCUUGUUGAGAAAGUAAAUUGGUCCUAAAUUGUUUCAAGUGGUGCAAGCAAGCCACGAUUUCAUCUACGAAAUCAAUCCUUGGUCCAAUCAAUAUCCUAGAGCUCUCAAUUUAUGGAGAAAUUAAGCAGAGGAAGCUUUUCUUAGGCUCAAAUGGAUGGUUAAUUAAGGUAAAUAUUAUGAUUAAUCGUAGUGUUUGGGUAACAUGUGCGAUUGAAGUUAUUGAUGAAGUUUCUCGAAAAGAACUGGUAGAUAAUAGGAAAUAAAAUUUUGAGUUUUGAUUAGAUGAGUUCGGGGGGUUUAGCGUCUCUUUAAGCUAUGCACACCAUGUGUUUGUAGAAUUGCCUAAAUGGGUUUUUGCUAAGGCAUUUUCUCUUAACACAUAUUGGGAUUAGAUUUUUUCCAGAAGGUUUCUCUCUUUUUGGUAAAGGAGAGGUUUCACUUGGAAUUAUAUAAACUAUAAAAUACUGAUCCUUUCUUGAAAAUUUGUUGACUACCCAUUUUUAUCUUCAGACAAAGGCUUGGUUAUUAGCUAUUUACUUUCAUUUUUC